GCAGCAGAGGGGCCGCCCGGACGCGCAGGCCGGGCUUCAGGCUUUCCUGAUCCUUGGGGCACCCACAGGGAUGGGUGAGGCCCACCUGACCUGUGACACCUCCCAGCAGCCAUCAUCUCACUAGGGCCCCACAGUGGCAUUAGGAUGCACCUCUCAGCGGUGUUCAAUGCCCUCCUGGUGUCCGUGCUGGCCGCAGUCCUCUGGAAGCACGUGCGGCUACGUGAGCAUGCGGCUACUCUGGAAGAGGAGCUGGCCCUGGGCCAGCAGGACCCAGAGCCAAUGCUGGCCCUGAGGAUCGACUACCCAAAGGCUCUGCAGAUCCUGAUGGAGGGCGGUACCCACAUGGUGUGCACGGGCCGCACACACACCGACCGCAUCUGCCGCUUCAAGUGGCUCUGCUACUCCAACGAGGCCGAGGAGUUCAUCUUCUUCCACGGCAACACCUCCGUCAUGCUGCCCAACCUGGGCUCUCGGCGCUUCCAGCCCGCCCUGCUGGACCUGUCCACCGUGGAGGACCACAACACCCAGUACUUCAACUUCGUGGAGCUGCCCGCCGCCGCCCUGCGCUUCAUGCCCAAACCGGUGUUUGUGCCCGACGUGGCCCUCAUUGCCAACCGCUUCAACCCCGACAACCUCAUGCAUGUCUUCCACGAUGACCUGCUGCCCCUCUUCUACACCCUGCAGCAGUUCCCCGGCCUGGCCCAGGAGGCCCGGCUCUUCUUCAUGGAGGGCUGGGGCGAGGGGGCACACUUUGACCUGUACAAGCUCCUCAGCCCCAAGCAGCCACUCCUGCGGACCCAGCUGAAGACCCUGGGCCGGCUGCUGUGCUUCUCCCAUGCUUUUGUGGGCCUUUCCAAGAUCACUACCUGGUACCAGUAUGGCUUUGUCCAGCCCCAGGGCCCAAAGGCCAACAUCCUCGUCUCUGGCAACGAGAUCCGCCAGUUUGCACAGUUCAUGAUGGAGAAGCUGAAUGUGAGCCAUGCCGGGGCCGCCCUGGGAGAGGAGUACAUCCUGGUCUUCAGCCGCACCCAGAACAGACUCAUCCUGAACGAAGCAGAGCUGCUGCUGGCGCUGGCACAGGAGUUCCAGAUGAAGACGGUGACAGUGUCCCUGGAGGACCACACCUUUGCAGAUGUUGUGCGGCUGGUCAGCAACGCCUCCAUGCUGGUCAGCAUGCAUGGAGCCCAGCUGGUCACCGCCCUCUUCCUGCCCCGGGGGGCCACUGUGGUUGAGCUCUUCCCAUAUGCUGUCAAUCCUGAACACUACACCCCCUAUAAGACGCUGGCCACGCUGCCCGGCAUGGACCUCCAGUAUGUCGCCUGGCGGAACGUGAUGCCAGAGAAUACAGUCACACACCCUGAGCGGCCCUGGGACCAGGGGGGCAUCACCCACCUGGACCGGGCCGAGCAGGCCCGUAUCCUGCAGAGCCGUGAGGUCCCCCGGCAUCUCUGUUGCCGGAACCCUGAGUGGCUCUUCCGAAUCUACCAGGACACCAAGGUGGAUGUCUCUUCCCUCAUGCAGACCAUACGGCGUGUGGUGAAGGGCCAGCCAGGGCCACGAAAGCAGAAGUGGACAGUGGGCCUGUACCCGGGCAAGGUGCGGGAGGCGCGAUGCCAGGCAUCGGUGCAGGGCGCCUCCGAGGCUCGCCUCACUGUUUCCUGGCAGAUCCCCUGGAACCUCAAGUACCUGAAGGUGAGGGAGGUGAAGUACGAGGUGUGGCUGCAGGAGCAGGGGGAGAACACCUACGUGCCUUACAUCCUGGCCCUGCAGAACCACACCUUCACCGAGAACAUCAAGCCCUUCACGACCUACCUGGUGUGGGUCCGCUGCAUCUUCAACAAGAUCCUCCUCGGACCUUUUGCAGACGUCCUGGUGUGCAGCACGUAGCAAGCAGGCCACCGCCAGGCCCCAGGGAGGGUGGCUUCUCCAGCUCUGUGCCCUGAGCCCGCUGAUCCUGCUGUGGCAACGUCUAGGGUUGACUUGUUUAUUUAUUGGGCAGGCCUGUGUCCCUGUGUCGUCUUAUCGCACCUGGGUGUGGUGUUCCCAGGGCUCCUCUUUGUGCUAGAGAGGUGGGCCCCCACCCCCUUCUGCUGGCCUGAUCAUCCAUACCCUGGAGAAUUCCUUAGUGGGCAGGAGGGGAAGGAGGAAGGACAGUAAGAAUCCUAGGGAACCGCUUUGGCUAAGUGAUCUUCUAGGUCCUUUGGGUUAUGUCCAGCCUUCUGGGAACUGAGUAACCACCGAGUUGUAGGUUGGGUGGUCCAUCAGCUUCAUUGCCAUGAAAUUCACCUGCAGCCCAGUGAAGGGUGUUUGGAAUAGUCAUUAAAUGAUUAUAAACA